AUGGCCACCACUCCCAAUUCAUUGGUCCUCGAAAUUUCUGGGGUUAAAAUUGUCCCUCAGAGUAAUUAUCACAGUGGCAAUUCGGUCAAAGUAAAAUUAUUACCUAACACUAAAUCCCCCAUUGCAAGAAGAACUCCGACGAUCUACGGACGGACAAAUACUCCUCGGGGUCUGCAGCAAAUCAAAUCCUCGCACAUGGCGGCCCAAAAUGUUGAUUCGACUGAUGAUCGUAUUUCUCGGAUUUCAUCUUCCAUUCGGGUCAUAGCUGAUUUCCCCAAACCUGGGAUACUGUUUCAGGAUAUAACGACUUUGCUCCUUGAUCCCAAAGCAUUUAAGGACACGAUCGAUUUGUUUGUUGAGAGAUACAAGGAACAAAAUAUUAAUGUUGUUGCAGGAAUCGAGGCCAGAGGUUUUAUAUUUGGAGCUCCAAUUGCAUUGGCUAUCGGGGCCAAAUUUGUUCCCUUGAGAAAGCCUAAGAAGUUACCUGGGGAGGUUAUAUCAGAAGAGUACUCUUUGGAGUAUGGAACGGACAUAAUGGAGAUGCAUGUAGGAGCUGUACAAGCUGGAGAACGGGCACUUGUAGUGGAUGAUCUCAUUGCAACUGGGGGGACCUUGAGUGCUGCUAUCCGCCUACUUGAGCGAGUUGGGGUUGAUGUGGUUGAGUGUGCAUGUGUGAUUGAAUUGCCGGAACUGAAGGGCCGGAAUCUGUUAGGAGACAAGCCGCUGUUUGUUCUUGUUAGCUGA